AAUGAAGCUAAGCUGACAAUGCCACUUAAACUUUGGCACUUACCUACUUUUGGAACUUCCAACUCUUCAUCCAUCAUUCAUGAGAGUCGGUCUAGUCUUCUUUUACAAACUCGAUUGGAGCGAGGAUUUGGGCGACAAACCUGAAAGAUUUAUUAUUUUCCAUAGAUUUGCGUGGUUUUCAAAUUUUAUACUUUUUUCUUCUAAUUUUUACAUGAAAUGUUUAGAUUUUCAUCUGAUCUGUCUCAGACAAACAAAACAACAACUGGGUUUGGAGAAAAAUCUGAAAUAUCUCAGAUUCUCUCUCUCUUCAAUCUUUUUUCUGCUGAAAACCUGCCUAGCUUCGUGGGUUUGCCGAGAUUUUUGGUAAUCUUUUUUAACUUGCCUUCUUGAUCUUCCUCUAGAUUUUGGUCUGACAUAUCUUCAGAUAAUAGGUGUGGCAAGGGUAAAUUGAAGAUCGAAACUUUGGAAGGGGAGAUUCAAAGGUGUAGUGGUGUUCAUGGUGAAUCAAGAUUUUGAGUUUUGAUCAAAAUUAAAUCUUUUUAUUCAGGCUUACUUCAAAAGUAGUUUCUUUACUAGAAGGAUGAAAAUAAAAAUGGCUCAAGAAGAUCAAAAGUGCAGCAAUAAUAGCAGUGGUACCUGUGGUGUUGGUGGUGGUGGUGGUAAUAUUCUUAGAUCUUCCAAGAAACAAAAGCCCAAAAAAGUCCCGCAAAGAGGUCUUGGUGUGGCUCAACUUGAAAGAAUUAGACUAGAAGAACAGCAAAAGAAGGAUGCAGCUAUGGCAUCACCAUUUACAACUAUAUCACCAACCAAAUCUUCAGUUCUCUCACUUUCAACUCCAAAUUUUCAUCCUUCAAAUCAGUCUUCUUCUCCUUCUGCAAUUCCAUUUCUAGCCGAUAUUUCAUCUCCAAAUUUGGGGUUUAGGCCCUCUUCAUCAUCAAAUCAAAAUAUUGAAACUUUGAAUUCCAACAAUGUUCCAUUGACAAAUCCCGUAGGGUUGUCAACUGUUUUACUUCAAGGCCACGAAAAUGUUCAUAAAUUGUGGGAAUCUUAUGAGUUUAACCUUGAAAAAGAGAGUUCUGGGGUUAAUCCAGGAUCAACUUUUUGCUCAACUUUGAAUCAUUUGUCUCAUGAAUCAAUUCCCAUGUGGCCUCUCCCUAGUUUGAUGGAAAGAGCACAACAAUUCCAGCAUCAUCCUUCUUUAGUGGUGAAUGAAUCAUCAGCAACUUCAUCAUCAUCUGUACUAAAUUUUCAGAUGGAGCCCCCUUCAAACCAAAGCUAUUAUGGCAAUUAUAUACCUAUGUGGACAGAGGAGGAAAAGAUGGUUGGCAUGAAGAGGUCAUAUCCCUUUCCUCUAGACAAUCCACCAGGCAUCUCAUCUUUCCACUGCAAAUUUCCUCCAAUUCUUCAGCCCAGAAUCAGCCAAUCAGAUGACUCAGCUUCUUGUGGCAGUGGUGGUCACACACUCAAUUUUGAACCUGUUGGCACACUUUCCAGAGGAGGUUCUUCAUGCUCAACUUUCAUGUUGGAGCCUAAUAAUUCAAAGAAAAGCAUCAAAGAAAAUGGACUUUUUCUCACAUUAGCUCCUCCCACAACAAUUUCAAUGUCUCAAGGUUCAAAAUUAAGGCACUCUCAACCUUAUCUGGCUUUCCAUAGCAGUGAAUUCUCUGAUUUUGAAUCAUUACCUUAUCAAGGAAAUGUUGAAGAUCCAAUUCUUUGGCCAGAACUGAGCAGACCAAGUCAUCAGCAACCUUACUACAGCUUCUUCCCACAAGCAGUGGCACAAAAAGAUCAAGCCAUAGGCAGAGUGAAUAAUUGUAACAAUGGUGAAGUAGGCGGAAGUGUUGAUCUCAAUUUGAAGCUAUAAAUGUUUCUAACCUGUAUCCAUUUCUUUGGUAGGCCACUUUGUCAUCUCUCUGAGAUUAUACCAAGUAAGACUUGUUUUCCUUUUUUCUAAAACAAUUUGACAAAUGGGGUGGCAUGGAAAUUUUAUAAAUUUGCUUAUGCAAGCUUGUGUGUGAAAGUAAAAAACCAAAUCUUGGCCAUGUGAGGGCAGAGAGAAGAGAAAGAUAGGGAGAUGUAGAUUGGUUUGUUUUGAUGUUGAAUUUUGAUGAAAGCUAAGUUUGGUCGGUUAUGCAAAUGGGUUUGUUUAUA